UCUGUCCCGGGUUUGUCCCCGCUCUGUCCCCGCUGCAGCGCUGCCCUCCGGCCGCCAGGGGUCGCGGCUCGGGGCCGGGCCGGAAGCGGAGGCGGAAGCGCCUCUGGCUCCUCUUCCGGGCGGGCGGCGCGGUGGCGGCAGCGGCCAAAAUGAAGUUCAACCCCUUUGUGACCUCGGACCGCAGCAAGAACCGCAAAAGGCACUUCAAUGCCCCCUCCCACAUCCGCAGGAAAAUCAUGUCCUCGCCCCUGUCCAAGGAGCUGCGGCAGAAGUACAACGUGCGCUCCAUGCCCAUCCGCAAGGACGACGAGGUCCAGGUGGUGAGGGGACACUACAAGGGCCAGCAGAUCGGCAAGGUGGUGCAGGUGUACAGGAAGAAAUACGUGAUCUACAUCGAGCGCGUGCAGCGGGAGAAGGCCAACGGCACCACCGUGCACGUGGGCAUCCACCCCAGCAAGGUGGUGAUCACCAGGCUAAAGCUGGACAAGGACCGCAAGAAGAUCCUGGAGCGCAAAGCCAAGUCCCGCCAGGUUGGCAAGGAGAAGGGCAAGUACAAGGAGGAGACAAUCGAGAAGAUGCAAGAAUAGCUGGUUUCCUGAUUGACACCAUUAAAAAAACUGCUAAAAUUCAA